AUGGUUACCAUUAACGUUUGCAAAAAAGGAACAAAUGUUCCUUAUGGUAUCAUCGUAUUGGCUCAUUAUAUUAAUCGUCAAUCAAAUGCUUCAUUUCAAAGACUUGAUAUUCAAUGGCACGAAGAAAGUAAUGAUGCUAAUUCUCUUGUGAUUCUAAAAUCUGACUACGACGACGUUAUUGGAACAAAUAAUGUUGCAAGAUAUUUGGGUAAAACUUAUAAAGAUUUGUGCUUAUAUGGAAAUAAUCCAGGAUCUAUGACUUUGAUUGAUCAUUGGGUAGAUUAUGCUGCGGAUAAAUUAGGAACCAAUAAUUUCAAAACUCUCGAAGUGGCAUUUGAUGAAAUUAAUCAUCAUCUUACUUUAAGAACCUUUUUUGUCGGAUAUAAAUUAUCUUUGGCUGACAUUAUUUUAUGGGGAGCUUUGAAAAAUUCGGCCGUUUUUAAUAGCCAGCUUAAAGCUGGAAAGGAAGCAGGAGGUCCUCAUUUAGCAAGAUGGUUUAAUUAUAUUAGUUCGAUGGAUUUUAUUCAACAAGGAACAAAUUGGGUUACUCAAACUGCCAAAUCAAAAACAUCCAAAGUUGGGAAGGAUCAACCAAAUAUGAAUAUCGGUUUGGUAGAUGCCAAAAUUGGAGAGGUGGUCACUAGAUUUCCACCAGAACCCUCUGGAUAUUUACAUAUCGGACAUGCUAAAGCCGCUAUGUUGAAUCAAUAUUUUGCCAAAGAGUAUAAAGGAAAAAUGAUUGUUAGAUUUGAUGAUACUAAUCCCUCAAAAGAAAAGGAAGAAUUUGAGGAUAGUAUUAAGGAGGAUCUAGAAUUGCUUGGAAUUCGUCCUGAUCAAAUUACUUAUACAUCCGAUCAUUUUGAAGAAUUGUUUCAGUAUGCAAUCCAGAUCAUUGAAAAAGGAUUAGCUUACGUUGAUGAUACUGAUGUCGUCACUAUGAGACAGCAACGUAUGGAUGGUAUUCCUUCGAAAAGUCGGGAUAUAUCUGUUGAAGAAAAUCUAAAAAGGUUUCAAGAAAUGACUAAAGGAACUGCAUUU